UUUAGAGAGAGAGAGAGAGAGAAAGAGAGAGAAUUUCUCUGAAUUCUCACACACACACUCUCUACAAAUUCAGGUGACGGCUUCCAGCAAUUGGAAACCCUAGAAUUGUUGAGCUUUACAUUCAUUUUCUUCAUCUGAUAAUCACAAUCCUUGAUAACACCAUUACCACCCCAUUUCUAGAGAGAGAGAGAGAGAGAGAGAGAGAGAGAGAGAGAGAGAGAGAGAGAGAGAGAGAGGAGGGAGAGAGAAUUCCCAGCUCAAAGCACCAUAUGCUCCAGGGACUGUGAUGGGUGCUCCAAAAGAUGUAUGGGAAAGCAUACUUGAUGUUACCAAGAGCUCACAGUUGAAGGGGGAGGCUCCUCUCUUGUGGGCUCUCCAUGUCUGCAAGCUCCUAAACUCCUCUGCAGUCUCUCUACCGAGUGUUGAUCUCGCCCACCUCCUCGUCUCUCACAUUUGCUGGUCCAAUAAUGUUCCCCAGGCCUGGAAAUUUCUCGAAGAAGCCAUCACUUCAAAGCUUGUUCCGCCAAUUGUUGUGCUCUCUCUUCUCUCUUCCAGGGUGAUACCCAGCCGAUGUUUCCAUCCUGAGGCGUAUAGAUUGUAUAUUGAACUCCUCAAGAGGCAUUCCUUCUCAUUUUCAUCUCAAUUUAAUGGUCCCCAUUAUCUUAAGCUCUUAAAAUCUGUUGAUGAUGCUCUUCAUCUCUCCCAGACGUAUGGUAUUCAAGCUGCGGGACUAGGUGAAGUGGUAGUUGAAUUUGUUUUCACGGUUGUUUCUCUGUUGCUUGAUGCAAUAUUGGAAGAUGAGGGUUUGCUAGACCUCAAGUUAGAUAAAAGGUUCACACCAACCAUUGCGCAACAAGAUAUUAUGGAGAUUGAUGUAGAAAGCAUUGAUGGGAGAAGAAGAGAUUAUUGUGAAAAACUAAGGAAACUUAAUACAUCACUUACCAUUGAGCUGAUUGGACAGUUUUUGCAACAUAGACUCACUUCAAGCUUACUUCGCUUGGCAUGUCAAAACAUGCCUAUGCAUUGGGGAGGUUUCAUUCAGCGCUUGCAACUAUUAGAGUCAAAAACGUCAUCAUUGAGGAAUAUAGCACCUGGGACUAUUUCUCUGUUGUCUGCAUAUGCACAGAGGAUCUUUGAUAGAGAAUUUAAACCCAGUCAACACCAGGCAACCCCUGCACUUAUCGACUCCGGUCCUCUAAUAUCUUCUGGUCAUGGCCAUGGGGCUAGUCGAUCUGCACUUUGGAUUCCUAUAGAUCUAUUCUUGGAAGAUGCUAUGGAUGGAUCUCAAGUUGCAGCUACAUGUGCCAUUGAAAUUCUUGCUGAUUUGGUGAAGUCCCUCCAAGCUGUCAAUGGGGCCACAUGGCAUGAGACAUUCUUAGUUUUGUGGAUGGCUGCUCUUCGACUUGUGCAGAGGGAAAGAGAUCCUAUCGAGGGUCCUGUUCCUCGCCUUGAUGCACGUUUGUGCAUCUUAUUAUCAAUCACCACACUUGCUAUAGUUGACAUCAUUGAGGAAGAGGAGGAACUUCUUAAUGGAAAUGUAGAAACCAACUCCAAUGUUCUAAGAAAAGAAAAAGUUGUUGGGAAGCGCCGUAGAGAUUUGAUCACUUGCUUGCAAAUGCUAGGAGAUUUUGAGGGCCUGCUUGCACCCCCUCAAUCUGUAGUUUGUGUUGCCAAUCAAGCCGCUGCAAAAGCAAUGAUGUUUGUAUCAGGCCUUAAAGUUGGGAGUGGGUACUUUGAUGGCAUUAGCGUGAAUGACAUGCCAGUCAAUUGUGCUGGAAACAUGCGGCAUCUGAUUGUGGAGGCUUGCAUUGCGAGAAAUUUAUUAGACACAUCAGUGUAUUAUUGGCCUGGCUAUGUUAAGGGGCACAUGAAUCAAAUAUCUCAUACUAUGCCUGGCCAAAUGCCUGGUUGGUCUGCUUUGAUGAAGGGGGCUCCAUUAACCCAGUUAAUGGUGAAUGCUUUGGUGUCCACUCCUGCUUCAAGUUUAGCAGAGCUCGAGAAAAUAUCUGACAUUGCAAUCAGCGGGUCGGACGAUGAUAGGAUAUCUGCUGCAAUGAUUCUUUGUGGAGCUUCCUUAAUUCGUGGUUGGAACAUUCAGGAACAUGCUGUUCGUUUAGUUGUUAGAUUGCUCUCACCCCCUGCCCCAGCAGAUUACUGUGGAAAUGAGAGUCAUCUCAUUGCCUCUGGUCCUUUGCUGUACUGUGUGCUUACUGGAAUUGCCUCUGUGGACAGUGUUCAUGUUUUCUCACUACAUGGCAUGGUUCCUGAACUGGCUGGUACAUUGAUGCCAAUAUGCGAGGCCUUUGGUUCUUGUGCGCCUUCUAUAACAUGGAGACUAAGCACUGGUGAACAAAUUUCUGUUCAUAUGGUGUUCUCAACUGCAUUUAUUUUGCUCUUGAGGCUUUGGAGGUUCAAUCGCCCACCUCUUGAGCAUACUGCAUUGGGUAAGGGUGCUCCUGUUGGAUCCCAACUCACCCCGGAGUAUCUCCUCCUUGUUCGAAAUUCUCAAUUGGCUUCCUCUGGCAAAGAUAGAAACAAUAAUCCACGUGAGCAAUUCCGGAUUCGAAGGCUCUCAACUACAGGAAAUCCACCAAACACGCAACCAAUUUUUGUGGAUUCAUUUCCUAAGUUGAAGAUUUGGUAUAGGCAGCAUCAGGCUUGUAUAGCUUCAACUCUUUCUGGUCUUGUGCGUGGUACACCAGUUCAUCAGAUAGUAGAUGCACUUCUAAACAUGGUGUUCAGAAAACUAAAUAAAGGAGGGAAUCAGUCUAUAACCCCUGUAACAUCUGGUAGCAGUAGUAUUAGUAGUUCUUCGGGUCCUGGAGGUGAAGAUCUCUCACAAAAGCCAAUGCUUCCCGCUUGGGAGAUCUUAGAAGCUGUUCCGUUUGUCGUCGAUGCAGCUCUGACUGCUUGUUCUCAUGGACGUUUGUCACCGCGUGAAUUGGCUACAGGCCUUAAAGACAUUGUUGACUUCCUUCCAGCUUCCGUAGCAACUAUGGUGAUCUACUUUUGUUCGGAGGUGACGCGUGGUGUUUGGAAGCCUGCUUCUAUGAAUGGAACUGAUUGGCCUAGCCCUGCUGCGAACCUGUCCACUGUUGAAGCUGAGCUGAAGAAGAUUGUUGGUACCACUGGUGUUGAUGUUCCAAGUCCUGUCGCUGGUAGCAAUUCUUCAUCCACACUUCCCUUGCCUCUAGCUGCCUUUGUGAGCCUCACCAUAACCUUCAAGCUUGACAAAGCCUCCGAAUGCUUCCUCAACCUCGCAGGUCCUGCACUCGAGAACCUUGCCGCUGGCUGCCCAUGGCCGAGCAUGCCCAUUGUUGCUGCCCUCUGGACUCAAAAAGUCAAGCGAUGGAAUGAUUUCCUCACUUUCUCGGCAUCACGAACAGUCUUCCAACAAUGCAACAAUGCUGUCUCUCAGCUCCUCAAGAGCUGCUUUUAUGCCACUAUAGGCCCCUCUAAUGCCCCAUUAUCAACCAACGGUGGGGUCGGAAGCCUUCUUGGCCAUGGCUUUGGAUCCCACUCUCCUAAUGGCCUCUCACCUGUGGCCCCCGGUAUCCUCUACCUUCGAAUUUAUCGAUCCAUCCAUGACAUCAUGUUUGUGACCCAAGAGAUACUAUCCCUUGUGAUAUCCUCUGUUGAGGAUAUAGCAACUAAUGGUAUGGAUAGGGAGGGAAUGGCUAAGCUGAGCAAGGCCAAGUACGGGAUGAGAUAUGGACAACUCUCUUUUGGAAUGGCAAUGGUGAGAGUGAAGCAAGCUGCCGCAUUGGGGGCUUCAUUGCUCUCCCUAUCAGGGGGCUCAGGUUUGGUUCAAAUGCUUUUCCAAGAGACUCUACCCACUUGGUUCUUGUCGGGAGAGCCUUCAGUUCAAAAGAAGAGCGAGGGAAAGGCUGGACUCUUGAUGGGUUAUGCUCUUGCUUACUUUGUUGUGUUGUGUGGGGCUUUCACUUGGGGGAUUGAUUCUCGAUCGGUUUUGAUGAGGCGAAAGAGAGUAAUUGGGAGCCACAUGGAGUUUUUGGCUGGCAUUCUUGAUGGAAAGAUCUCUGUUGGAUGUGAUAGGGCCACUUCGAGAGCUUAUGUAUCUGCUUUUGUGGGUUUGGUUGUAAGUUGUGUGCCAAAAUGGGUGGUUGAAGUGGAGCUUGAAACCUUGAAGAGAUUGAGCCGAGGGCUUAGACUAUGGAAUGAGAACGAGCUUGCUCUUGCCCUAUUGGAGAGAGGGGGAUUCAGGGCCAUGGGUGCAGCUGCGGAAUUGAUUAUGGGGUAUCAGGUGUGACUUUUGUUUCGAUUAUCGGGAACAAGCCCAUACUGAUCAUUCUGCAUUAAAAUUAGAUGGAUACGUGUGGAAUGGGUAUCAAGCAAGUGGAGAUCAUUUCUGAAAGUUGGACAUCUCGGAAUGGGUAUCAAGCAAGUAGAUAUUAAUUCUGAAUUGCAGUUGAAAAUCUGUGUGUGUGUGUGUGGAAUCGGCAACCUUUUGCGUUCCCUGAAACAUUAUGAAAAGAGGUCAUCGGAUGUGAUCUAGUUCAGAUGGAAUACCUGUUAAUGUGUACAGUAGGUGCGCUAACAUGCUUUACACUUGCAAGGACACAUGACUUGCCAAAGUAGUUGUGCAUUACCAAGUGCGACCUCUGAUUCAAAUAGCAAUGGCUUCUUGUAUCAUAUAUGCAGUUUUCAUGCCACGCAUUGUCUCUGGGGCGACGAUUAUUGAAAAGAGUUGUAAUUUAUGUGAAUUUGGGUUGCCAUAGAAUUACAUAAUGAGUUAUGCUCUAGAAAAUCUUGGUUUUUAAUUGAAUCUUUUGCAUUCGAAAGCGUGAAGUUUGUAUUCGUGAUUUUUGAAAAUCAAGGAUAUUGGAGUUGCUAUUA